AAAGCGUUUCAUGAUCAUGCCGGGACCUUUAACGCCCUCGAAAUGUAGCCGUUAUGUUAAAGUAUUUUUCAGAGCAUUUGAGCAGACACGUAGACACCGCUGCCUCUCACACAGCGGCCGCUCCGAUGCGUUUAUCAGGAGUUUCAUCGCGGAGAACACAGAGACAACCGGAGAGCAGAGUCUGACUCCUGAGCUCAGGCUGAGGCUCUUCACCCCAAACUGCAGGUUCUGGCGAGAAAGACCAGAGCUCUGGCCUUUUGAUGACCCCUACUGGGCCAUAUACUGGCCUGGGGGACAGGCACUCUCAAGAUAUGUCUUGGACAACCCUGGAGUGUGUCUGGGUAAGACAGUCCUGGACCUGGGGAGCGGCUGUGGAGCCUCAGCCAUCGCUGCAAAACUAUGUGGUGCUGCUCAUGUCGUUGCUAAUGACAUUGACACUGUUGCAGCCGUUGCGACCCACAUGAACUGCGAGCUGAACGGCCUGGAGCCGCCCGUUUGUGUGUCUGACAACAUGAUUGGUUCAGAGCCCGAGCACUUCGACCUGAUCUUCCUGGGUGACAUGUUCUACGACGAGGUCCUGGCCACCAGCCUUCACAGCUGGUUGGACCGCUGCAUCAAAACCCACGGCACCGAGGUCCUGAUCGGAGAUCCUGGGAGAGCUCAAUUUGAGGGACACGGCAUCCGACGGCUCCUGCAUCAGCUGGCUCAGUUUGAGCUGCCUGAGUCCGUUAGAGAGGAAAACUACGGUCUGACCUGCAGCAGUGUUUGGCGCUACCAUCCUGAACUCUGAGGACUGGAGAGGAUCUCCUGCACUUUCUUAAAUGAAUGUAAAUUUCUAUGAAAUUAUCUGCACAAGGUGGUCCGUGAUCACUGAGGAUCACUCAGUGUUUUUUGUUGUUGUUGUUACCCAGGAUGCUGUGAGACAUUCACAUAGACAAAAUCACAAAGCAGAAUCUUUAUAUAUCUUUUAAUAGCUAUAUAAUUUGCAUACAGUAUUUGACUUCUGACUUUUUAUUUAAUGUAUGCAAUUACUUUUGUAAUGCAAUGUCCACAGAGUAGCUGGUAUGGGUCCCCACACUCUUCAGUAUAAAAUGGACAAACAAGUAAUUAUGAA